UCCACAACGAGGCAACCUACGUUCUUCUACCACGACCUCAGCAGCGCUGAAAGGAAAAAGCUCAUCACUACCUUCCAUUGAGCGGACCACCGACAUCUAGAAGGCCACCAUCUAAAUCGCCACUGCUCUUUGCUAUCUCUCUCUCCACUCGUUUCCAUCUCGAUUGACCGCCCUCACCUUGGACCUUGGACUCCUCAAUCGACCUAGACCUCAUAUAGAUCUCAAUCAUGCCGACAAAACCCCUCGAUCAAGAUACGCAGCUCAUCACUGCCACGGGUACCAACACUCCCCUCGACCUCGGUACAGGAAAAGGCCGGAUAGCCGUAGACAUGGACGAUGUGCUCUGCCAAACCAACGUGACUAUCGUCAACAUGCACAACGAGCUCUUUGGUACACAACCGCCCUUGACCCUAGACGACUUUCAGAAUUACCUAUACUGGAUGAACCGUGGAUGGGGCAACCCUGAAGAGACUAUUGCCAUGGUCACAAAGCUUUAUGCCGAAGGACUGUAUAUGAAGGCGCCGCCUGUGGAAGGGGCGAAGGAGGCGUUAAAGAGGCUGAAAGAUCUGGGUUAUAGUCUGGUGAUCAUCACAGCUAGAUCAGAGGGUCAACGAGAAGGUACCGAAGAGUGGAUCACCACCUACCUCCCCGAUAUCUUCGACGAAAUACAUUUUACCGGCGCUUUCCAGGACCUCGAGCCUACCAAGAAGGAGCACGAAGGGCACGCUGCCAAGAAGGCUAUCGUAUCGCACAAAAAGCGGAGCAAAGCUGAAAUCGUCUACAACACCCAAUCCCUCUUCCUCAUCGACGACUCUGCCGAGAACGCCUACGACACCGCCAUCGCAACCUUCCCCCAUCCCCAACCUACAAAGGUCCUCCUCUUCGGCAAAUAUCCCUGGAACGCCAUCGUCCACACACCCGAGACGACACUGCCCGUGGAGAAGAUGACGUUUGUGGCGAAACAGGAGCAGGGGUUGUUGGAGGAGGCGGAGAGGGUGAGGAGGGGCAAGAUUGAGGAGGGGUGGUUGCCGGAGGGGGUGGAGAGGGUGAGGGAUUGGGGGGAGGUGGUAAGGUGGGUGGAGGGGUUAGAGAGGCGGGGUGGGGCGGGGGGGAGGGAGUAG